GGUUAGGUUUUGGUUUCCUGAGUAUCAGCUGAUUCAUGGCUGUAUAAACAAGAAGCUGCUACAAGAAGCAACAUUUACAGGAGAAGAGGCCUGAGAGAACGUCUCAGAGGAUUUUCGAACAAAAACAGACAUGGCCAGACCAACAGAGUGGACACCAUCCUUGUGGCAGGACACAUUUAAUGAACUGCUGGAUGAUGAGGUGGACUAUGAUGAUGACUGGAAUAUCAAUUUUAACUACACACUGAAUAAUAAAGUCAGCCCAGAAGAGAGGAAGAGAGGCUGGAAAGUCUUCUGCCACUGUGCUCGUGGAAAAUUUUACUGUCGAACUUGCCGAAGGUCCUGGCCCUCCGGUCGGGUGACCGUGUUGUUCCGUUACCGGCUGAGAAAUGGCCGUGGCACGGUGCUCAUGCGACCCUUUGGACAGGACUGUCGUCGCUGUCAAGAGGGGUUUUUUGACUUCCCUGGUUUCUCCGAGAGAGCAGUGGAAGAAGCUUUGCUCAAGCUCUUUUCUAAAAUCCGUAAGAAUUGCUACGGGGAGGACGACGGCAGCGACAGAGGCUCCACAGCUUCCGAUAAAGUGUGGACCAAACCUCAUGAGAAGGCGCUGUGUGAGGCCUGUCAGCAGGGAAUCUGCGAUCAGGAUGAUGACUCAGAAUGUUAGGAACGAGACAUGAGUACACAUGCAUAGGUUGUACAUUUAUGUGUUUUUUAUUAUUAAUUGCUUUCAGUGCUAGGCAAAAAAGAAACAAAGGUGCUAAAACAGGUUGUUACAAGAAAAGUUUCUUGGAAAAACAAGUUUAACAUCUGGUAUUGGUAAGAAUGUUUGUAACCGUAAAACGUCGACUUCUCACAACACGUUUGAAUCUCAUCCAGAAAAACUGGAGGGAGAAUAUGAAGUCAAAGGGAGCCCAUUUAUAGUGCUGUAAGUGGGCCAGUAUGCUCCAAUACGCAGUACCAGUACAUAAAAAUGUACCUCUCAGCAUACUGGGACUUUUUUCUAGUCUAUUAGAUUUUACACCGGAUUUCCAUUUAUCAGUUGUCAUUGUUCGUGUUCAGUUACACAACAUUAAUUCUGUUUUCUGGCAGAGGCGUGGCUUUCACAGGUAACGUUUACCUCCAGUUCAUUGAAACCGCUUCACAUUAAUAAAACAACAUAAAGAAAAGUGAUGUCCCGAUGUCACAACGAAUGUGUUCUUUGUGUGGGGAUUGUUUGGGUGUCUUAGUGUUACGCUCCUGUUACACAAUCUCUCGUGAUGUGAAAAGCGGUCUGUUGCCUUGGCAACAAGGUGUGUGUGGAGGAGACGGUGGAGGGAGGGGUAGCUAGUGUAAUUUAAUGAGUAAUUCGCCGUUUGGAAGUACUCCUACUUUAUUGCAACUGCUGUAAUUCUAAAAAUUUAAACGUCAGGGACUGAAAUUCGGAUGUAUUCAUUUGGGAUAGAACGCCACAAUAUAUAUCAUCAUUUUUCUGUCAUGACCUUUCUCAUUAUUAAGAGAUAUUAACACACUAUUAUGAAAAGGUUUCUCUGUUAAAAUAGAUUUUUUUUUUGUUAUUAUACGAUACCGCUCCUUUGUUUUUUUUCUCCCACUGAAAAAAAAUGCAUAAAUGGACUUCCGUAUGGAUGUAUUUAUAUGUAUCUAUAAACAUUUACAUAUAUUUUGUAAUUAUCUUUAAUUUUUAAUCAUUGGAUUCAGCCUGCACAAAUAUGGGUAUGCAACAGGUUUCUUUCCUUUUGUUGCCUUUAACUUAUUGUGAGACAUUAAGUGCUGAUUUCCAGUUAAGAUUAAGAUUUUUCUAAUAAACAAGCAUUUGGUCAAUUC